AUGAAGCCCUCAACAUUCCUCUACGCCCUCGGCCUCGCCGAGCUGGGCCUGGCAAUGCCCGUCCCGAUGACCAUCUCAGAUAUGGUCUCCCACGUCAAGGGCGAGGCCCGUCGCCUCACCCGCAUCACCCGUGUCUCGAUGCACCGCGCACGCCCCGUGGCCGUCGUCCAGGACGCGGAACAGGCCUCCAGGAUCGAGCUCUUCGAGUUCGACAACCACCCGGUCUCCCCCUCGAGGGUGCUCCCCCCGUCAGUCGUCCUCGCGGCGCCCAGGCCGCUCAAGACGGACUACCUCCAGUCCCUCGCGAAGCACCCCCAGCAGCAGCAGCAGCCGGAGAAGGACAGGGUGGUCGACGUCGUGGGAGACGGCACCCCGGAGACCAUCAGGCCGAUGACGUUGAAGGACGGGCUGGCGGAGCUGAUGCCCUCGAGGGAACGCAUGCCCUGCUGGAAGCACGUCCAGGUCCCGCAGCCCACGAUGGCCAUCUUUGAGCAGCAUCCCGAUCUGAUCGUCCUGGGCGCCGUUAUCGCUCUGGUACUUAUUCUUCUGGUACUGGAGACCGUGGGCAACACAUUUCAAGGGGUCCGCAGCCACUACACAAUCCCUCAAGGAGAGAUUCGUCUGGAAGGAGACGAGAAGCCCUGCAAGGCUCCCUCAUUCCGCUCUGACAUGGCGCCUUACAACGAUGAGGACGUCGAGAGACAGGCAUGA